AUGUUUGCUAUCCAACAAUGGGGAAUUCAUCAACUAGAUGUCAGCAAUGCCUUUUUGCAUGGUGAUUUAGAUGAGGAGGGGUACAUGAAAAUCCCACAAGGAAAUAGUAAGGCGAAAAUUGAGGAUGUCAUGAGGUAUCUAAGGGUAAAGUUUCCAAUUAAGGAUUUGGGGCCAUUAAAAUAUUUUUUGGGUAUAGAGGUGGCGCGUUCCUUGGCCGGCAUUGUCAUUAGUCAACGGAAGUAUACUUUAGAUAUACUUGAAGAAAGUGGCAUGCAAGGCUAUAGGCCGUGUUCUACGCCCAUGGAGUUGAACCAUAAGCUAUCCACGGAGAAGCAAGGUGAGUUGGUAGAUGCCAUGAACUACAAGAGACUUAUUGGAAGGUUGCUUUAUUUGACCGUCACAAGACCUGACAUCAGUUAUGUAGUGCACACUUUGAGUUAG